AUUAGAAAGAAUAGUUUGGAAUUUAGAGUCAAUCUAUUUCUAGGGAAGAGUGUGGGAAACUGGGAAUCGUAAUCAUCUUUUCCACGUAGCAUCAAAUCAUUUACUAAUAUUAUAUUAAUAAAAUAAACCCCCUUUUCUAGCUCACAUUAUUAAGAAACUGAACUCCGAUUCCCAAAAUAUUCAUUUGCCAGCAAAAAACCUCACUAAGAAAAAACAGCUCGAUCAUGGCAUCUCUAGGAUUCGCUCGCCAGAUCAGCAAUUCGUCGGCGGAUUUACUAGUGGCGCCGCCGCGCCGGAGUCGGAGCUGCUGCCCCGGCAGAAACCGAGUCGAUUUCAGGGUGUUCGCUCAGUCCGAUGCGGAGCCUGAUCUCAGCGUGGUGGUCAAUGGGUUGAAAAUGCCCAACCCGUUUGUGAUCGGGUCGGGUCCUCCGGGUACCAACUACACCGUCAUGAAACGGGCCUUUGAUGAAGGUUGGGGUGCCGUCAUCGCCAAAACGGUGUCGCUGGAUGCUGCAAAAGUUGUAAAUGUUACACCUCGGUACGCCAAAUUACGAGCCGGAGCAAACGGCUCAGCAAAAGGACAGAUAAUAGGGUGGCAGAACAUUGAGCUCAUUAGUGACAGGCCUUUAGAGACAAUGCUAAAAGAAUUUAAACGUCUGAAAGAAGAAUAUCCCAACAGGAUUCUUAUUGCUUCGAUUAUGGAAGAGCCCGUCAAAGAAGAUUGGGAGGAACUCAUUGACCGAUGCGAACAAGUUGGAGUUGAUGCUUUCGAGAUUAAUUUUUCGUGCCCGCACGGUAUGCCGGAGCGUAAAAUGGGAGCUGCGGUUGGUCAAGAUUGUGCUUUGUUGGAGGAAGUUUGUGGAUGGAUAAAUGCAAAAGCAACUAUUCCCGUUUGGGCUAAGAUGACACCGAAUAUCACCGAUAUUACCCAGCCUGCUAGAGUUUCUCUGCAAAGUGGAUGUGAAGGGGUUGCUGCAAUAAAUACAAUCAUGAGCGUCAUGGGAAUUAAUCUCGAUACAUUGCGACCCGAGCCUUGUGUGGAGGGAUACUCAACGCCCGGUGGAUACUCGUCAAAGGCUGUUCAUCCUAUUGCGCUUGCGAAAGUGAUGAGCAUUGCAAAGAUGAUGAAAACAGAAUUUGCCGACAAAGAAUAUUCCCUUUCUGCUAUUGGAGGUGUCGAGACUGGUGGCGAUGCAGCCGAGUUCAUACUUCUUGGAGCUAAUACAGUUCAGGUCUGCACUGGCGUUAUGAUGCAUGGAUAUGGUCUCGUAAAGACUCUUUGCUCCGAGCUUCAAGAUUUCAUGAAAAAGCACAAUUUUUCAUCCAUCGAAGAUUUCAGAGGGGCUUCACUCGAGUAUUUCACCACACAUACUGAUUUAGUGAGAAUGCAACAAGAAGCAAUCCGUGAAAGAAAAGCGAUCAAGAAAGGACUACAAUCCGAUAAAGACUGGACCGGAGAUGGUUUUGUGAAGGAAACCGAAAGCAUGGUUUCGAAUUAAAAUGGGUAAAUACCGUCGAAUCUUCCUCUUCGUUGUACUUUUUUUUCUUUUUCUUUUUUCUUUUUUAAAUGAGAAUAAAUGGUCUAUGUUAAAACCACAACUCCCCAGGUUAACUAUUUUUUUUUUUUUUUUGCUAUUAAUGAAUAAGUGGAAAUGUUUCUACUUAUGUUGCUUGGUGGACAGUAACAAUCAAUAAUUAACUGUUGAAUUUUCUUUGCCUGUGUGUAUUUGUACAGAUGAUGCAGUCAGUAAUUGUUGUUUUUGUUUUUAUUUAUU